UUUAGCGCAAAUAAUGGCCUCUAAACAGCAAAUCGACACGCAACUGAGCAAAAAGCUAUCCUGGUUGCUGCGGCACGGUGCGAAAACGGAGGGCAUCUCCAUCCGUGCCGAUGGAUUCGUUAGUGUCCCCGAUUUGCAGAAGCACCCGCGCUACAAGUCAUUUACCUUGGAAAAACUGAAGGAGAUUGCGGCCGUGGAUGCCAAGCAACGAUAUACUCUUCGCUGGAACCCGGAACUGCGAGUCCACGAGAUUCGCGCCAAUCAGGGACACUCAUUGGCGGUAGUGGAAGGCGAAGCAGGCGGUCUGGAGAGGAUUAACCAUGUGGGAGAGAUACCCCUGGCAGUUCACGGCACCUACCACAGACAUUGGGAGGCCAUUAGGAGCCAAGGGCUAAGUAGGAUGAACCGCAACCAUGUGCACUUUGCUUGCAGCGAUGAGACCCAUUCCACUCUGAGUGGAUUCCGCAGCGAUUGCCAGAUUUUGAUAUAUCUAAAUGUGGAAAAGGUGCUGGCGGAUGGCAUACCCAUCUAUCGAUCCAGCAAUAAUGUGCUGCUCUGUCCGGGAAUCAAGGGCAUCAUACAUAGUUCCUACUUCCAGCGUGUGGUGGAUAGGAAAACGGGGCAACCCCUUACGUAUUGA